AUGGCGGAGAGAGUUGUCGGAACAGGCUCAUUCGGGAUAGUUUUCCAGGCAAAGUGUUUGGAGACCGGAGAAACCGUGGCGAUAAAAAAAGUUUUGCAAGACAAGAACAGAGAGCUUCAGCUGAUGCGUGUCAUGGACCAUCCUAAUGUGGUUUGUUUGAAGCAUUGCUUCUUCUCGACCACUAGUAAAGACGAGCUGUUUCUCAACUUGGCUAUGGAGUAUGUCCCUGAGAGCUUGUACCGUGUUCUGAAACAUUAUAGCGGUGCAAAUCAGAGAAUGCCGCUUGUUUAUGUUAAACUCUAA